AUGACUCAAGAUAAAACUGAAACCCUUUUGACUGGUUCAAAAGCAUUCCCCAUUACCAAGGAAGGACUUGAGAAAAUCAAUGAGAAAUACAAUGUAAGACCAUUUAAGGAGGCCAGUCCUUCAAAGGCGCAGGCUAGUACCAUAGAUCUUGAUUUCAUUGACUUGUCGUUGUUCAAAGAAGGUGAUGAAAAUUUGGCUGGUCGUCAAAAGUUGGCUGCAACUGUAGAGAAGACCCUUACUACAUAUGGAUUUUUGGCCAUUAAAAAUCAUGGAAUUGAUAUUGAAGAGUUUGAAAAAAUGAGAUCUAUUGCUCAAUCAGUAUGUGAACUCCCUGAGGAAGUACAACGUGAGUAUCUUGGAGGAGCCAUGAAAUCUGAUUUGGAAGAUCGGUCCAAAUCUUUGGGGGCAGAACGUGGUCACGGGUUCAAGCCCAAGAAGUAUUGGGCCAUGAAGAACGGUGUAGAGGACUCAAUUGUGUUUUAUAAUGUUAGAAAUAUUGUGCAAUCCAUUGUGUACGACACCGAUGAGUCAAGAUACCCAGAGCUUGUUUUACAUUAUUUGCCAGAAAUUGUUCAUUACUUCAGAACUUUGCAUAAUGUAGUAUUGAAGAAGUUGACCAUCUUGUGUGACAUCAUUUUAGAGUUGCCAGAGGGGUACAUUUGGAAGAACUACUAUGAAGUGAUUGAUGGCGACUUGUAUAACUCUGGACAAGGGUUUGGACGUAUGAUGCUUUAUGAGCCAAUGAACAAGGAGGAUGAAAAGAAGGUGGAUAAUCACUGGCUCAGAGGUCAUUCUGACAGUGGUGGGUUCACCUUACUUACAUCCCAACCUAUUUUGUCGUUACAAAUCAGAGACUAUUUCACGGGAGAAUGGAAGUUCGUAGGACAUCGUCCAGGUGGACUUAUUGUCAAUGUUGGUGAUGCCAUGGAAUUCCUCACUGGAGGAUAUUUCAAAGCUGCCAUUCAUAGAGUGAUAUCUCCACCAGAAGAUCAACGUGCAUUCCGUAGAUUGGUGCUUAUUUAUUUCAGUGGUCCAAAAUUCUCCAGUGUUUUAGACCCAGAUGCAUUAAACUCGCCAAAGCUUAAAAGGUUGGGGAUUUCAAAACCAGAAGAAUGGGACACCAUCACCUGUGGAGAAUGGGAUAACGUUAAGUCCAGAUUAUUUGGUAAGAAGGCUGUCAAUAGCGCCCCCGGAGACUCUCCAAAUUUGGUGCUUUUGUACGGUAGACUCCACGAGAGAUGGCAUCAAGCACAAAAGGAUUUCAAUUUGGAAGAAGCAAAGAAAACAUUUAACAUUAUCGAAGUUUAG